AAUUAGUAUUAGCGCUGUCCUGCCACCCCGCCUCUCGGCAAUGCUGGGCGUGCAGUGGAAUGUGGCCUUCAGAAAGCCGUGCGGGCCUCGGCUUAAUUGGAGCAUAACCAAGGCGUAACCUUGCCUACCGAAUCGGCCGAUCCUACGCAUGGUAUUUAGAUAUGCUUAAAGAGCAGUAUAUGGACUCUGCAACUUCAACCCAACUGCUGAUUCUCUAGAUCUUUUUUUAUCUCUCCUCCUCCCCUUAAGACACCAAGACCAAUCUUCACCUGUUGUUGUUCUGCAUCUUUCUUAUCUCAGACACACCCAUUCCCCAAUGGCGGACCAAUUAAGAUUCGACGGCCAGGUGGUUGUCGUAACUGGAGCUGGCGGUGGGCUGGGAAAGGCAUAUGCCACCUUCUUUGCUUCACGCGGAGCCAGCGUUGUUGUCAACGAUCUCGGCGGCUCCUUUAAGGGCGAGGGUAACUCCACAAAGGCUGCGGAUGUCGUCGUCAACGAGAUCAAGGCUGCAGGCGGCAAGGCCGUGGCCAACUACGACAGCGUCGAGCAAGGCGACAAGAUCAUCGAAACGGCCAUCAAGGCCUUCGGUCGCAUAGAUAUCCUCAUCAACAAUGCCGGCAUCCUCCGAGACAUCAGCUUCAAGAACAUGAAGGACGACGACUGGGACCUCAUCUUCAAGGUCCACGUCAAGGGCUCCUACAAAUGCGCUCGCGCCGCCUGGCCACACUUCCGCAAGCAGAAGUACGGCCGCGUCAUCAACACGGCCUCGGCAGCAGGCCUGUUCGGAAACUUUGGCCAGACCAACUACUCGGCGGCCAAGCUGGCCAUGGUUGGCUUCACCGAGACGCUGGCGAAGGAGGGCGCCAAGUACAACAUCAUCUCGAACGUCAUCGCACCCGUGGCGGCGAGCCGGAUGACCCAGACCAUCAUGCCGCCCGACCUCCUGGAGCUGAUGAAGCCCGAGUGGGUUGUGCCACUCGUGGCUGUCCUCGUCCACAAGAGCAACACGGACGAGUCGGGCUCCAUAUUCGAAGUCGGCGGUGGUCACAUCGCCAAGUUGAGGUGGGAGCGCUCGAGCGGGCAGCUCCUGAAAUGCGACGACACCUACACCGCGGGCGCCGUCCUGAAGAAAUGGGAUCAGGUUAUCGACUUCUCCAAUCCUCAGUACCCGAGCGGCACUAACGACUUCGUGACUCUGCUAGAGGAGUCGCAGAAGUUGGGCCCGAACGAUAAGGGGGAGAAGGUCGACUUCACCGGCCGGGUUGCCCUCGUCACGGGAGGUGGUGCUGGCAUUGGUCGGGCAUACUGUCUGGCCUUUGCCCAGAAUGGCGCUUCCGUCGUUGUCAACGAUUUGGUCAACCCGGACGACGUCGUAAACGAGAUCAAGAAGAUGGGCGGCAAGGCGGUUGGUGUCAAGGCCUCCGCCGAGGACGGUGACGCCGUCGUCAAGGCUGCAGUUGAUGCCUUUGGCAGGAUCGACAUCGUCGUCAACAACGCUGGCAUCCUCCGGGACAAGGCGUUCACCAACAUGGAUGAUAGCCUGUGGGACCCAGUUAUGAACGUGCACGCUCGGGGAACCUACAAGGUCACCAAGGCUGCCUGGCCCUACUUCCUCAAGCAGAAGUAUGGUCGCGUGAUCAACACCACAUCCACCAGUGGUAUCUACGGCAACUUUGGCCAGGCCAACUAUGCGGCUGCUAAAUCUGCCAUCCUGGGCUUCUCUCGGGCCCUUGCCCUCGAGGGACAGAAGUACAACAUCUACACCAACGCCAUCGCCCCCAACGCCGGCACGGCCAUGACAAAGACGAUCUUGCCCGAGGAGCUUGUCCAAGCAUUCAAGCCCGAGUACAUCGCGCCGCUUGUCCUCGCCCUCGCCAGCGACAAGGUGCCCAAGAACCCGAACGGCGGGCUGUACGAGGUCGGCAGCGGCUGGGUCGGUCAGACCAGAUGGCAGCGGACAGGAGGACAUGGCUUCCCCGUCGACGUGCCCCUCACCCCGGAGGCCGUUGUCAAGCACUGGAAGGACAUUGUCACCUUCGACGGACGCGCAGACCACCCGGAGAAGACACAAGACAGCCUGGAGAAGAUCAUGGCGAACAUGGAUAACAAAAGCUCAAAAGAGAGCAAGUCCGGUUCAGUAGGCGGUAAUCAAUAUAUCGACGCCAUCCAGAAGGCGAUGAAUGCCGAGCCGAUAGGCACCGAGUUCAAGUACGGAGAGCGCGACGUGAUGCUCUACAACCUGGGCAUUGGCGCCAAGAGGACUGAUCUGCGUUACGUCUUCGAGGGUGCCGACGACUUCCAGGUGCUCCCCACCUUUGGCGUGAUCCCCCAGUUCGACGCGGAGCUGCCGUACAGCAUGGAGGACAUUGUGCCCAACUUCUCGCCCAUGAUGCUCCUGCACGGCGAGCAGUACCUCGAGAUCCGCAAGUACCCGAUCCCGACGGCGGCGCGCCUCGUGUCCAAGGGCCGGCUCCUCGAGGUGGUGGACAAGGGCGCGGCGGCGGUGGCCAAGAACGGCAUCACCACGUACAACGCCGAGACGGGCGAGGAGCUCUUCUAUAACGAGACCACCGUCUUCCUCCGCGGCUGCGGCGGCUUCGGCGGGCCCCCGAGGCCCCAGGACCGCGGCGCCAGCACCGCCGCGAACAAGCCGCCCGCCCGUCUGGCGGACGUGGUCGUCGAGGAGAAGACGACCGAGGAGCAGGCCGCUGUGUACCGGUUGAGCGGGGACUACAACCCCCUCCAUAUCGACCCUAGCUUCGCCAAGAUGGGCGGAUUCAAGCAGCCUAUCCUCCACGGUCUCUGCUUCUUCGGUAUCUCCGGGAAGGCUGUUUACGAAAAGUUUGGACCCUACAAGAACAUCAAGGUCCGCUUCGCCGGCACGGUGCUGCCCGGCCAGACCCUCGUGACGGAGAUGUGGAAGGAGGGCAACAGGGUCAUCUUCCAGACUAAGGUCAAGGAGACGGGCAAGCUGGCCAUCAGCGGCGCUGCCGCGGAGCUGGUCUAGAUAAGACUGGAGAAGGAGAAGUAUGUGGUGUCAGUGUUCCAUAUUAUACGUCGAGAACUGUCCCCAUUAGUCCCCGCGGGGGUGGGAGAGAUGAUGCUAUCUUUGGGGGACGGCCAUCCCAUCCACCACAUUGUAAAAAAGUAUAUAGCGCUGAAUUGGAAUUACGUCGUUGUAUUCAUUCCUGCCUCCCUACUACCUAACGAAGUAG